AUGUGGUCUGUGGACAUCUUAACUGGCGGUACACCCAAGGUGUUGCCGUAUUCGCAAAAUGGAUCUAUGAUAUACUCCGUGGAUGGGAAACAUGCCAUUGUGGCUCUUACUCAUCAAAUAAGAGUUUAUUUCGUAUCUACUCGACAAUGUAUCAAGACUAUUGACAUUGACUUGGAUGAGCUCAUUGAAAUGCGGAUGGAAAGUUCCUCCUCAUCUCAUUUACUUUUAUUUAAGAGUACCGGUGAGAUUAUCACUAUCAAUUGGAAGGAAAGACUUGCCCAACCAGUUCUCCUGUCACAUCAAUUAACUUUGGACUCAUCAUUGUUAUCGGUGGUUCACGUCACUCCAGAAUAUUACUAUAUGAUUAUAGGGAAGAAAGAUAAGAAAUUGGGUGGGGGGUCUCCUCAUACAAGAACCUUAGUUAAGGUGAGAAAAGCCUCGUCUUCUUCAACAUCUCCUAUUUAUGAAGCUAAGAAUGUCCUUAGAUAUUCUUAUUCCUUAAACUCAUCGAAAAUAGCCUUUGUCACGUCUGAUAACCAAAUAUUACUCGUGGACUUGUCCAACCAUUACAAGCAUGAAGAUACCGAAGAAGGAAUUGAAACAGAAGUCAUCUCAUUCCCAUACAAAUCAAAGAUAACUUGUGUUGCAGUGUCUAAUGACUCCACAAUAGCAUUGGGGACCAUAUCAGGACCCAUUCAAAUCAUCUAUGGAGGGUUGAAUUCAGCCAAACCUCAAGGGCUAUUGAAAUGGCACAUUGACCAAGUUAAAGCAUUGCAAUUCACUAACGAUAACACAUAUUUGAUCUCCGGUGGAUUGGAAAAGGUAUUGGUGUUUUGGCAAUUAGAAACAACCAAAACCCAGUUUUUACCACGGUUGAAUGGUACCAUAGAAAGAAUCUCCAUCGAUAAGAACAAGAUCGAUUACUAUAACUUGAUGCUUGAUUCAAAUGAAUUGUUGGCGAUCUCAGCAAUUGAUUUGAUCUCCAGAUUAUCAAUCACUUCCAUUAAACCAAAGUUUAGUAACGACAUCGCAUCAACAUUAGCAAGAUCAACCAAGAAAUACCUUAAACAACCACAACAAUUUGAUCUUACUAAACUAAAAUAUGACUACACCAGUAUCUUUGAAGUUAAUGGGAAAUCCAACCAUUUGUAUUUCCCUAACGAAUCUUCCAUUCAAGCAUAUGAUGUUAUAAGGAAUGAACAACUCUUUGUUCAAAACUGUGCCCCUAUCAUCAGCACAGGUAAAGUAAGAUCCGAAGCCAAGUUAUUGGAUCCUUCCAUAUCGUUGCUUUCCUUCACCAACGACGGUGAUUGGAUGUGUACCUUUGAUACGGUUUCCACAUCUGAGGUUGACAACUUGCUCUCAAAGAAUGAUAAGCAAUAUGCCUUGAAGUUCUGGAGAUUCAUAGAAAACAAGAAUGACUCCUCCUCCUCCAACUCCACUACAAAGAAGAAUGGGGCUGGGUCGUGGGAAUUGUCUACUAAAAUCAUAGAUCCUCAUGGUGACAGUAACCCUAUAGUGUCCAUUGUCGCCGCACCAAGCAGUUACUAUGACGGGUUAGCAUAUUUGACAGUCGACAGUAAAGGUGGCUUGAGAUUAUGGAGACCAAGAGACGUCACAACUACUACAUCCACUAACAAUAAACAACAACAACAAACAGCUUGGACUAUCAGAAAGUCUAGACCCAGUUUUGCUCAAAGUUCAAGCGACUCAAUAGAUAUCUGCUGGUCACGUGACGGUUCGUUGAUAGUACUUGGAUAUGAAUAUUCAUUAAUACCAAUUGUCACUUCAACGUUUGAAAUGGUUCUGCCAAAUGACUUUACCAUUCCGUCGGUGUCCGGGUCUCCUAUAAAAUCAGUUUCCAUCAUAGAUAACAAUUUGAUAGUGUUGUCGAAAUCCAGAAUAUCAUCAUUCAACUUAUUGACUGGCCAAUUGAACGAAUUGGUAGCUGCUGUCAAUGCCCCCAAACAAAACAUAGCCAUCAACCAAUUAACGAAAUCAAUAUGUUUGGCAAUCAACUACUAUGACACUACCAAAGAUGCAGCUUUGGUGAUUAAGUCGAAAUUGGUGGUGUUUGACCCCAAGAGUCUUGAACCUAUUGAUGUUCGUGAUUACCAUACAGGCAUCUCUUGUGUUAGAAGCUAUAACUCUUCCUUCAUAUUCGUUGAUUUGGAUUCUAGGGUUGGGAACUUCCUGUCCACCACUAGUAGUGUUGAUGAUCAAGGCGAUGAUGAUAUUCAACCCCAAGAAUUGACAAGUGCAGUUAAAUCAAUGUUGCUCAAUGCCCACGCUACUGCUGAUAUCAUCAAUAAUAGAAACGUCUCUAUGAAACUGAAAAAUAUAAGCUCUCAUGAUGAUGACAAUAUUGCUGAAAAUGACACUAUAUCGAAAUUGGUUGACGUUCACACCUUCCAACCAGUGUUUGAAAACACUGAAGGUGUUCAACUUGAAACUUUGUUUGACCGUAUUGUUAAAAUCCUUCAUUAA